GGGGGGAACAUGUUGGCGGGGUCUCCAGGAAGACUUUAGGUGUCACAGAAACGUAAGGAGGCCCUUCUAACAUGGAGCGCUGAAGUGUUGAAGGAGAAGGGAGAGGGAUCUUCUGGAGAGAGGAACUUGAGGCCGAGCAGGACGGAACUGUCUCCUGGAUAAGAGAAGAAGAAGGAAAGUAAAGACGGGGGGCGAGAGAGGUUUCUGCUGGAACUAUGGGGUGCAUUCACAGUAAUAGGACUCCCGGGGUAAAGAAGCGUGAACCUGAUACAGAAGCAGAGGGAAUCCCCAAAAAGACAGACACCGAGGUGCAUCCCGAGAUCCUUCAACUCGCUGAGCUUGCCAAAGCAGGGAGCCAUGCAUUCACCGAGAAGAGCUUCAGAAGGAAACGGGCAUGUGAUGUAUGUAGACAGAACAUCGACAACCCUGGGGCUUUCUGCAAGGAGUGCAAGGCUACAGUUCACAAGAAAUGUGAGACCAAGGUGACGACCACCUGCAUCUCAGCCCCAGAUACACACGGCCUCACUAAAUCUGCGUCACAGAAAAAGAGAAACUCCUUACCAAGAAACAAAAGUGUGGAGCGAGUGAUGGAGCACGUGAUGGAGCAUCACUACGACUUUGACUUCACCUACAUCACAGAGAGGAUCAUCUCUGUCUUCUUCCUGCCAGACCUGGAAGAACAGCGGUACCGCAGAAACAUACAGGAAGUGGCUGCCAUGCUGAAAUCCAAGCACCAAGACAAGUUCUUGCUCCUGAAUUUAUCAGAGAAGAGACACGACAUCACCAGACUUAACCCAAAGGUGCAGGACUUCGGCUGGCCAGAUCUUCAUGCCCCGCCCCUGGACAGGAUCUGUGCUGUGUGUAAGGCCAUGGAGACCUGGCUGACCUCUGACCCCCACAAUGUGGUGGUCCUCCACUGCAAGGGAAACAAAGGGAAGACAGGGGUCAUUGUGGCGGCCUACAUGCACUACAGCAAGAUAUCAGCUGGAGCGGACCAGGCUCUCACUACUCUGGCCAUGAGGAAAUUCUGUGAAGACAAGGUGUCUUCUUCUCUGCAGCCCUCCCAGAACAGGUACAUCUACUACUUUGGCGGUCUUCUGUCAGGCUCCAUCAAGAUGAACAGCAGUCCUCUGUUCCUCCAUCAGAUCCUCAUUCCCUCACUGCCCAACUUCCAGACUGAGGGAGGUUACUAUCCCUUCCUGAAGAUCUACCAGUCUCUCCAUCUGGUCUACACCUCAGGCGUCUAUGACCCCCAAAGCUCAAGGGCGAGGAAGCUGUGUGUGACUAUGGAACCAGCACUGCUGCUGAAGGGGGACAUAAUGGUGAAGUGUUACCACCGGCGGACACGGGGAGCAGAGAGAGAGGUGGUGUUUCGGGUCCAGUUCCACACAUGCACUGUUCAUGGAGCCCAGCUGUGGUUUGGCAAGACUGAACUUGACCUGGCCUGCACAGAUGACAGGUUUCCUCCCGAUGCUACAGUCGAGUUCAUCUUUUCUGGAGGUCCAGAGAAAAUGAAAGGCCGAGAAUAUCGGAAGAACGACCCCUCCAUCAAAGUGGACUACAACACCUCGGACCCUGUGGUGAGAUGGGAUUCCUAUGAGAACUUCAACCUGCACCACCAGGACAGCCUGGAAAAUAUCUCUCAUACAAGGGGCCCUCUGGACGGCAGCCUCUACGCCCAGGUGAGGAAGCGACGAGGUCCCGGCUCAACUGCCUCAGCAGCAACACCCAAUGGGUGCCUCCCUAGCAGCCCUACAGUGAAACCCCAGGCUCCCAGCCAGCCUCAGCCUGUCUCCUUCAGCUCUAACUCCAGCCACUCCUCAGCCCUCUCUGACCCUCUGGAAGACCCCUCUCCCUCCCCGUCCCGCCCUGAAAGAGAAAACAAUGACUCUCUGUUGAAGAGAGGGGAAGGAGAAGAUGGAGCGAGAGACAAGGCAAGGGGGAAAGAAAGGGAUAGGGAGACGGCAAUUUUGGAUGAUGGGGACUUAUCAAAUCCGGGGGGCUUGAGGCGGGAGCGCUCUUGUUGUGGUCGAACAGGGGCAAGGUGUGGGGAGGGGGGAUGGGAGAGAGACACAUGCAUCUCUAAUGGUCAUUGUCUUGGGCGUUGCAACAGCACGAAAAACAACCCCAAAAGUCGAACUCUGCCGGCCUUACCGUCCAAAUCUGUGUCCCCUCCCCCUCGUUCACCUCAUAUGGAACUCUGCCAUCGCCACAGCGCUCAUCCAUUACCAGAGUUGCCAUGGGAACGCCCACCCCCACCCCUACCUUGUCUCCACAGGCCCUGCUACCCUUAUUCCACCCCUGAACACACCCACCCACACAGCCACACCCUCCCAGCCUCAAGUAGACUCUGUACCGGGGAAGAGUGUCACCUCUUCCACUAUUCCAGCCAUGGCCCAUCAUCUCACCUCUCCCAUCAGUCUCUGCCCUCAAGCCCCUACAGGGAAAUGUUCUUCAGCCCUCCAGCAUCAUCCUCCGGUUGCCCCUGUCGGGACUGCACUAGCAGGCGGGAGCAUCAGUCAGCUUCAGUCAGAACGUUCCACCCACUGCACCCGGAGCAAUCGGAAAGCUCACAUUGGGCCCGAGACACAGGAAUGCAACGGACAAGAGAGGGGCCUCCGCUGUGGGAAGCUGAAAAUCCCUGGGAGGUGGCAAGAGAGGCAGAGUUCUGGCAGUGCAAACCGGCCGUGCCGGCAUAUCGUGUCUGCCACUCCUCUUUAGAGCAGGGUCAAAACCCAGACCAGCCUGCGUUUGCUCUUGCCCCUCACCAGAGCUACCCCAGUCCUCAGGCUCUACUGGACAUGCGGGAUGGAGCCAGCAGUGGAUACCACACCCCUCCUCCACCCCGCCACUCUUGCCCCUGCUCCCCUUACCAGUCGUCCCCAGCUGAGAGCCACGAGAGCCGGGGUUACAGUACCGGGUACCAGUCUGGAUCGGCCUCUCCUCUGCCACCUACUAGCCCCAAACAGGGAGCCUCUCCUGGGAGAGGGCGGCUGCCUGAAAGCUCUUCUGGAUCCAGAGACCAACAGCAGGCUGAGUGCCAUACAAAGGAAAGUGGCCAGGCUGGUGUGGAGGACCACAUAUCCCAGGGUUCAGAGGGCAAAUCAGAAUUUAAUGUGCAGCCAAGCUCCUCUGAACUGGACUUGGAUCAUGACUAUACUCUUAUUAGUGGCAGCAGCCCCACCCACACUGAAGAUAGUGCAACAGAGAAUCUUGCUGAGAGCACUCCUCCAACUACUCACCAGGGAGCACAGGAUUCAAGCCAAGGAAGCUCUGUAUCCCUGGAAUCCAACACAAAUAGCAACAACACUAUCACACAAACAUCAACAGAAACUACGAAACACACCCAAAGUUCCAGCUCAUCCAGAGACUCAACACAAACAGCAAGUGAGCCAUCACAGAGUUUCAACUCGGCUUCCAAGAAUGGAGAGGACACAGGAAGUGCAGACAUCUCAACCCAGACCAAUGUCAUCGUCCCCAGCUCCAUCCACCCGGUCACCCCGGUCCAAGUGCAGCUCAACGGCUCGGCUCUUCCUGGUGAUACUCAAUCAGACAACAACAGAGGCGUAUCCCUGAACCCCUCCCCCAGUCUAGGCUCCACUCCAUCUUCACCAAAUUCUCCCAUUGGCUCCCCAGAGCUGCAGUCCUGUCCUCAGCCCUCAUCACUGACUGCAGACCCUGCAGGACAGAGACUGACCCCUGACAGAGACAGCCUAUCUGACGCCAAACCACCUUCACCUGUCCCUGACGGAUACCACACACCCACCUUCCCCUUGGCAUCCUAUUACUACCCGUUACUGAAUGUACCCCACGUCCCAUACACCGGCUACACCGCCAUCACCAUCCCUUCCUUUCAGCCGCCACUCCCGGAGAAAAAACGCCUGUCCUCCUCAUCAGGGUCCCCGAAUGGACACAACUCCCUCCUCCGGGCCUCCUCAGCACCUUCCCCCACUAGCCCACACCAUGUAACUUUCUCCCUCUCUAUGGGAGAGCAGCCUCCUCAGGUCAGAGGAGGGUCCAUGCAGGUCGGCUGUACGCAGGAGACAGACACCAGGGUCAAUGCUAAGUUUGUGCAGGACAGCUCCAAGUUCUGGUACAAACCGGGCAUCUCCAGAGACCAAGCAAUAGCAGUGCUGAAGGAUAAGGAACCAGGAGCUUUCCUCAUCAGAGACAGUAACUCCUUCCAGGGGGCGUAUGGCUUAGCCCUGAAGGUGGCAACCCCGCCCCCUAAUGCCAACAUCACUGGCCCAAAAGGGGAUCCUCUGGAACAGCUGGUGAGACACUUCCUCAUAGAGACAGGGCCACGGGGAGUGAAGAUCAAGGGCUGUCAGAACGAGUCGUACUUUGGGAGUUUAUCUGCUUUGGUGUACCAACAUUCAAUCACUCCCAUCUCGUUACCAUGUGCCCUUCGCAUCCCAGAAAAAGAUCUGGUUGGAGAGCUUCAGGAGAUCCAGAGUGCCACCAACACCAGCACAGCUGCUGACCUCCUAAAGCAAGGAGCAGCCUGCAAUGUACUGUACCUGAACUCUGUGGAAACCGAAUCGCUGACAGGACCCCAGGCAAUCUCCAAGGCAACCAAAUGCACCAUGGCUCUGAACCCACGUCCCACGGCAACAGUGGUGCACUUCAAAGUGUCCGCUCAAGGCAUCACUCUGACUGACAGCAAAAGAAGGCUGUUUUUCAGGAGACACUAUCCCAUCAACAGUGUAACAUUCAGCAGCAUUGACCCCCAAGACCAGAGGUGGACUAAUUCUGAUAACACGUCAAGCAAGAUGUUUGGAUUUGUGGCGAGGCGGACGGGCAGUGCAACGGAGAACGUGUGUCACCUGUUUGCAGAAAUGGACCCCGAGCAGCCAGCUGUGGCCAUCGUCAACUUUAUCAACAAAGUCAUGUUGGGGCCACAGCUACGCAGAUGAAGACAGAGAAAAGUUUCAGGACUAAGGACUGUUGGGGACUGAGGGAGAUAUUCACAAUUUUGGAGAGUUUUUGUUAAUGAAGUGUGAAUGUGUGUGUGUGUGUGUGUGUGUGUGCGUGCGCGCGAGUGUGUUGGCAACUGUAUGUGCUAACAUUUGUGCAUAUGGCAUUAAUUGUGUUCAGUUGCAUGACUGUUUUUUAUGAGAGUUCAGUGCCAACUGGUUGCUCACAGCUCUGUGGGACAGUGUUGUUUGUAUGUCAGUUUUCAGUUCAAGAAGAGAAAUGGUUUGAAGACAGCAACAUAGAGUGAUAAAAAGCGUUAAGUGUUGCCAAAUGAGAUUCAAGCAGACUUUUUUCAUUUGUGCUCAUAUACUCAUUUUAUUUUGUAUGUUUUAUUAUCAUGUUCCAAACUGAUAUGCGGUGUGACACACCUUUGAAACCACAACUGACAAUCCAGUUUGCACAAUCUGUCGUUUGUGUUAAAUUUUCUCUACAGAAUUAUAUUUCAACAUAUGAACCUGCAGAGGAAUGGUGAAGAAGGUCUUUACUAAUGUGUUUGAAUGAAAUAGUGAAGUUUUAAGGUGGGAUGUGGCAUUAUUGUAUUAUCAGGCCUGAUGCACUGAAUACCAAAGAGGGAAAGGGAAGUGCUGUAAUCAAAGGAAGUUGUGCUUGAGUUUAUCUGAUGAGAAAGUGUCUGACUUGGUUUAAACUGUUUGUCCAUUUUUGGUCAUUUGCAAGAAGAGCUCUCUGCAUAUUUAUUCACCAAUGAUGCACUGACAGAUUUGUCUCCGUAUUACAACUCAGCAUUUUGUUUCCAUAUACCACUGAAAAUGUCUUUUUGUUUAAGUGGUUUUAUCACAUACAGAAAUAGGGAUACAGCUAUGACAGGCCAACAUAGAGGACAUCUUUUACAACAGAGAACAUACUUACAGACAGGCUUAUAUUUUCACAUUUUAUAUUUUGGAGCUAUUAAGUUACCCAAAGCAAAUCAAAGGAAAAAGUAGCCUUAAAACUGAAUUCAUAGGCCUAAAGGUUAUGGACAGAACGUGAACAUAAGGAAAUGACUUGUGCAAUAGUUGAAAGCCACUCCAUCAACAAUGACAUCAACUUCAUUAAAUCCUAGGAUGUUCUUGCCCGGGGAAAAUCUUAUAAACCAUGGGCCACAUCGGCAGCAUGAUACUACCAAGGAAAAUCAUCCUCCAUCAGUUUCAGUGUCCACAACAUCCCUACUCUCACUGUGAAUGUGAACAGAGCCAGUCCAACAGUAAAUGUCUCUCUAUAUCACAGACCAGUCUUGCAGCUCUUGGUAGUUUUUUUUCCCCUCCACGCAUCUAUAUUUAACCAAGAUCCUCAGCAAAACUUAGGAAAAUUCUGUUUUAGGGUGGAUAUCCGCUUUAAGCCAAAAAAAACCAUACCAUGUAAACAUAUUAUGAAAGCUUGAUUUUUUUUUUUUUUUUUUUUUUUUUAAAUCAAUGUGUGUUGUUUGGUAUGUGUGUUUUAUAUAAACUAAGUAUUUAGAUGGCUUCAAUACCAUUCUUAUUUUUCAUAAUGGAGUUUUAUGUAAAAGAAAUAAUAUAUUUUAUUCCUCUUCAGUGGGUGAAAAGAAAGGCAUAUUUCAUAUCUGACACAAGAGAUUAACUUAAUAAAAAUAAA